AUGCCCUCCUCGGAUGCCUCCUCCCCAGGUGGCACCGCAUUAGAGUGUUGGGAGGGCCGGGGUGGGGGUGGGGGUUGGAAGUGGGGGGCGCAGAUGGGAGAGAAGCAGGUGGGGCAGGAGGAGAAGGAGCAGGAAAUAAGCCUCUGGCAGUUCCCCUCUCACACACCCCUGUCCCCAAGCUCGUGCCCUGGAGGCGGGGCCGGGCCCCGGGAGAGUGGGGCAGCGCCUGCUCCAGCCGUGUGCCAGCCUGCGCCUUCGAGAACAUGGAGCCUGUGUGCAAAGACAUGCCCCGCGGCCCCGCUCAGGGCCCUUCUAGACCCUGUGGGCAGCCUGUUAUUUGGUGUCAUAACUGAAAUUGCAUACUUGUUGGACUUACCUGGUGGCACAAUGGAUAAGAAUCCCCCUGCUAAUGCAGGGGACAUGGGUUUGAUUCCUGGUCCAGGAAGAUUCCACAGGCUACGGAGCAACUAA